ACGAAACAGCGGAGGCGUGAAGGACACCCAAUAAAAUCGACCGACGCCGCCUCGCUGUGCGCCCGUGGAGACUAAUCGCUGGUGAGGCGAGGCCAAGAUCGAGAUCUCUCGAGUUUCUAAUUUGUUGUUUGUCUGGCUUGAAAUUUGCCCAAGAAAGAACAGAUGGCUGCUCAUAAAAUUGCACACGCUACCUUGAAAGGUCCUAGUGUUGUCAAGGAGAUCUGCAUUGGCCUUACUUUGGGACUAUUUGCUGGUGGGCUGUGGAAGAUGCACCACUGGAAUGAGCAGAGGAAAACAAGAGCUUUCUAUGACAUGCUGGAGAAGGGUGAGAUCAGUGUUGUUGUUGCAGAAGAAUAGCCAUCUUUUAUAUCAUUCCUUUGGUGUGAACAGAGACCAGCAUUCUGUGUGGAAGCUGAAGAACAUGUUCAAGUCUAAUUUGCACUUUUUUACUGCUGAAUUUGAAUAAAUUUGGGUAAUUGUUGAUAUCACCAUAGUAAUGCUAUGGACUUCAAUUUCUGUUUAUAUAAUGUCUGUUGAACAGCA